UUCAUAUGGUUCAGACCAUCGCGAGUGGGUGCAAGUGUGAGCAUCGUCUGUCUGGGUUUGGUCCAAAACAUCGUAACAAAUACCAUAACGAUGACGCUGAAAUUUUUUUUACCUUUGAUAUUAUUAAUAAUUAUCAACACUAGCACCGAAUAUAGAAACUGGAAACCAUACAGAAGGCCGAAAAUCAUGGGAGACGUAAUAUCUCUGAAACAGUUGAGUCCUAACAGAAAAAAAGUGCAACAGAAGAUUUUGCUUUACCACAACUUCUUCAGGAGUAGAGUGAAACCCGCUGCAUCCAACAUGCUGAGGAUGAAAUGGCAUAAUGGUGCAGCAAAUGCUGCCCAAAACUGGGCAGACGAAUGCCAAGCCUUGGUCCAUGACGGAUUGGAAGGCAGGUACAUCGACAACUAUGGUUCAUGUGGACAGAACAUUUUCAUAGCCACGCAUAAAGUUCCCUGGUUGUUUGCUGUGAAAACGUGGUGGUUGGAAAAAGAUGAAUUCACGUUUGGAGAACCCGUGAAUAAUUCGACAAUCAUCGGUCACUACACGCAGAUGGUUUGGGCUGCCUCACAUGAAAUUGGGUGUGGGAUUUCUAAAUGUUAUCAGUAUGUGGGAAAUUCUACCAUUGGAAGAUUGUUUUACAAUUAUGUAUGCAAUUAUUGUCCAGCUGGAAAUCAUCCUGGGAAGUUAGACCAUCCGUACAAAACGGGAAAACCUUGUGGGCAAUGCAAACGGUACUGCAGAAACAGAUUGUGUCUCAAUGCCUGUCCGUACGUUAAUAUGUGGUCAAACUGCGAAAAGCUCUACAAGGCACAUCCCCACUGGUUGUGCCACAGCAAUCACACCUUGGGAGGAAGACACAGAUUUUCUUUUUGUAAGGCUACAUGCACCUGCAGGCAUAGGAUUCAUGACUGAGGAUAUAGUUUGUUACUUACU